AUGGAGAAAGCUUUCGUGGUCUGGGUAGAAGACCAAACCAGCCACAACAUUCCCGAAUUUCAUGAUAAACCUUUAAUGGGUGCGGAGUUGCUUCUUAUGAACAAGCAAAUAAAGUGGUUUCUUGAGAUGGAAUCUACUCCUCGAGGUGAAGAUCCUGGGUUUCCAGGGGAUAUUGGUAUUCCUGGGCAAAAAGGCCCUGAAGGAUCAAAGGGAGUCCUUGGAAAUAGAGGGCCUCCUGGACCUCCUGGUCUCAAAGGAACUCAGGGAGAAGAAGGACCAAUGGGACCCGUUGGAGAACUGGGGCCACGAGGAAAACCAGGUCAAAAGGGAUAUAUAGGUGAACCAGGACCAGAAGGCUUAAAGGGAGAAGUGGGAGAUCAAGGAAACAUUGGAAAGAUUGGUGAAACAGGACCUGUUGGUUUACCUGGAGAAGUUGGGAUGAUUGGAAGCAUUGGUGAAAAGGGAGAGCGUGGAAGUCCAGGCCCAGUAGGUCCCCAGGGAGAGAAGGGUGCUAUGGGAUAUCCAGGUCCUCCUGGGGUCCCAGGACCUGUGGGUCCACCUGGCUUACCUGGUCAUGUUGGGGCAAGAGGACCACCUGGGAGUCAAGGUCCUAAAGGACGAAGAGGACCAAGAGGAACAGAUGGUCUCUCUGGGGAACAAGGUACACAGGGUGCCAAGGGUGAAAAAGGAGAUCAAGGGAAAAGAGGACCUUCCGGUCUUACUGGUAAGACUGGAAACCCUGGAGAGAGAGGAGUUCAAGGGAAACCAGCUCUGGGUUCACAAGGACCUCCUGGGAGUACUGGAGACAGGGGACUUGCAGGAGAACCAGGACCGCGAGGACUGCAAGGCGAUGCUGGGCCUCCUGGAGAAAUGGGUGCUGAGGGACCUUCAGGUAUUGAGGGAGAGUCCGGUCUGCAAGGAGAGCCAGGUGCAAAGGGAGAUGUUGGACCUGCAGGCACUGCUGGAGUUACUGGGGAGCCAGGGUUACGGGGUGAGCCUGGAGCUCCUGGAGAAGAAGGUCUCCAAGGAAAAGAUGGAUUAAAGGGGAGCCCAGGAGGAAGGGGACUUCCUGGAGAGGAUGGAGAAAAUGGAGAGACGGGCUUACCAGGGGCUGUAGGACCCUUGGGUAGACCGGGUCUAAUGGGCCCUCCGGGACCUGAAGGACUUGUGGGAAUUCCAGGACAGAGAGGUCAUUCGGGAAAAAAGGGUGAUAAAGGACAGAUAGGGCCCACAGGAGAAACUGGCAGCAGAGGCGCUCCUGGACAGACGGGGGAAAGUGGUCCUAAGGGCGCCAGGGGAACCAGAGGUGCUGUGGGACAUUUAGGAUUAAUGGGACCUGAUGGAGAACCAGGAAUUCCAGGAUAUAGAGGCCAUCAAGGUCAACCAGGACUUUCUGGGUUGCCAGGACCUAAAGGAGAAAAGGGUUAUCCAGGAGAAGAUAACACAGUCCUAGGACCACCUGGGCCUCGAGGUGAACCAGGUCCAAUGGGGGAACAAGGAGAGAGAGGAGAGCCUGGAGAAGAGGGAUAUAAGGGUCAUAUGGGUAUACCAGGAUCAAGAGGUGCCACUGGACAACAAGGGCCUCCAGGUGAGCCGGGUGACCAAGGUGAACAAGGACUAAAAGGAGAGAGAGGAUCUGAAGGCCCUAUGGGGAAAAAAGGAGCUCCUGGUCCUUCUGGAAAACCUGGGAUUCCUGGGUUUCCAGGCCUACCUGGGCCAAAGGGCCUGCAAGGACAGCAAGGAACAGAUGGCAUUUCAGGAAACCCUGGAAAAGUGGGACUGCCAGGAAAACAGGGACUUCCUGGCAUCAGAGGCAGCCCAGGAAGAACAGGACUGGUUGGGUCCCCAGGUCCUCGCGGAGCAAAGGGUUCACCAGGCCUGCCGGGAAGCCCAGGAAUCCUAGGCCCAAAGGGUGAACAAGGGCUACCUGGUCAACCUGGAAUUCAAGGUAAAAGGGGUCACCGAGGAGCCCAAGGUGAUCAAGGACCAUGUGGAGAGCCUGGCCUGAAAGGGCAGCCUGGAGAACAUGGUGUUCAAGGUUUGACAGGUUUCCAAGGAUUCCCAGGCCCCAAAGGUCCUGAGGGAGAUGUUGGUGUUGUUGGAAUAUCAGGUCCUAAAGGUCCUAUUGGACAGAGAGGAAACACUGGCCCCCUUGGCAGAGAAGGUAUAACAGGCCCAACAGGUAGAACUGGACCCAGAGGUGACAAAGGCUUUAGAGGUGAAACUGGUCCCCAAGGACCAAGAGGUCAACCAGGGCCUCCUGGUCCACCUGGAGCACCAGGCCCAAGAAAACAAAUGGAUAUCAAUGCUGCUAUUCAAGCCUUGUUUGAAUCACAUACUGCCCUACAGAUGGAGAGCUACCAGAAUACUGAAGUGACUUUAAUUGACUACAGUGCAGAGAUAUUCAAAACCCUGAACUACCUUAGCAAUUUACUGCACAGCAUCAAGAAUCCUCUUGGCACACGUGAUAACCCAGCACGAAUCUGCAAAGAUUUGCUCAACUGUGAACACAAAGUAUCAGAUGGAAAAUAUUGGAUUGAUCCAAAUCUCGGAUGCCCUUCAGAUGCCAUUGAGGUUUUCUGCAAUUUCAGUGCCGGUGGUCAGACAUGUUUAUCUCCCGUUCCUGUGUCAAAGUUGGAGUUUGGAGUUGGAAAAGUCCAGAUGAAUUUUCUUCAUUUACUGAGCUCAGAAGCCACCCAAAUCAUCACCAUUCACUGUCUAAACACUACAGUGUGGACAAGUGCUCAGACAAGUGGCUCAGGAUUGCCUAUUGGUUUCAAGGGAUGGAAUGGCCAGAUUUUUGAAGAAAACACUCUACUUGAACCUAAAGUGCUUUCAGAUGACUGCAAGAUUCAAGAUGGCAGAUGGCAUAAGGCAAAAUUCCUUUUUCACACCCAGGACCCUAAUCAACUUCCAGUAAUUGAAGUACAAAAACUUCCUCAUCUCAAAGCUGAACAAAAGUACUACAUUGAAAGCAGUGCUGUGUGCUUUCUCUAAGGUCUCUGAAUUAGUUCUGAAUUCAUGCUGUUGGCCAGGUAAUUGCUGCAGAGGGGGAAAUAUAGACAGAAAGAUACUAUCAUUAUGAAAUGCAUGGAAUAAAGCAUUGGCUAAAUCAUAAAGAAUCUCAGGAAGAAAAGACUUUCUCCUCAAAUGGAGAAAAGUCAUUCUUUAAAGGACUAUAAUUGAUAAAGUAUUUAAUUUUUUAAAAAUUAUAUUGAUCUGAGCUUUCUUAGAGAAUUCCCUAGAACUGAAGAUUUAUAAACAUGGAAUUCUUCAGGGUAGCCUGUAUUUUUUGACUGAGAGCAAAGUACCCAUUAGACAGCUGGAGGUGCAGAGCACUGUGGAGCAAUACUGGCUAAUGCUCCCAUAUGUGCAAUGCUUCUGUCUAAAAUUAUAAACCACAGUGUAAUAUGUCUUAUUUUCCCAAAUACUAAGCUGUAUUCAGGUCCCCAAUGGGCAUAUACAUCUUAGCCGGUGGUACACUACCUCUUACGUGUUGCCUUUUUGUGUUGCUUGGUGCUCUUUCUAAAACAAGGUGCUUGUGGCUUUUGUAGACAAGUUUAUUUCUAUGUCUUUGUCAUUCUUUAAGAGUAUAUGUACUGGUUACAUCAAGAUUUGUUUUGGUUGUUAGUACUUAUUUUAAUUUGUUUGAUCACAUAUUAACAGGUAAAACAUUAUUUAUGUGAAGUCAUUGUUCUAUUUUAAAAUUCUCUUUGUGGAUAGGAAUCAAAGCCAGUACAUUGUAACCUGUGCUUAUCACAAGAGAAUUGGGAGGUUUCUUUUGUUCUUGUUUUAUUUUUUUAGUUGUAAAAAAUUGUUAUAGGCCAGCUACAUCCAGUAGUAGGUUUGGGUUAGAGUUUGGGGGUUGUGAUAUACUAUUUUUAAAAACCCAUGAUCAUCUGGAAUGAUACUUUAUGUAUAUAUAUUUUGUAAAGUUUUAAUUCAGCAAAUCUUUUGAAAUUGCUGCUGUUUUAAAUUAUAAAAACUUUAUAUUUCUGCUUUAUAGAAAUUAUAUAUUUUGUAGUAUUCUUUGAUUUUCUUUUACUGUUCUUAAGUUUCAUGUGUUGGGACCUAAAAGAAUUCAACGUACUAGUCUUUAAAGCAACAUCCAGGAAAAAGAAACAGUCUUUUGCCAUUUAAAAUAGACUCAGCCAAUUUAGACUUCCCUUGUUGGCAGAGAAAUGUUAGUUCAAUAUUAAAAGAAAAAUAUUAUACUUUUGGUAUAUAGAAAAGCUUGUACAUAUGUUAUAAGCAUACCUUUAGCCACAGCAAACCACAAUUACCUAUCUAUAAUAAAAAUGUGCUUUAAAUCUU